AUGCCGUCUCCAAUCCUGACUGCGACGCUUCAGGCGGCCGCCCUUUCAACAGCGUCCAAUCUUUGUGCUCAGUUCAUUGAGACAUACUGGAACAAGACCACUUUCCAUCUGGACGAUAUCCAACUCUUCCGCUUCAUAGUCCUCUCUCUCAUCACCGCCCCGCCAAACUACCUUUGGCAGCAGUUUCUCGAAAAGUCCUUCCCAGCAUAUCUUCUCAUAACAAAAUUCCGAGAUGGAGGUAAGGAUAUUGAACUCAAAGCGAUGGAAGAAGCAGCCGCCGGGGCUUCCAUUGGCGAGGGAUCUCAAUUACAGUCUGAAGCAGCGACUCGUCCCAAGUUCAGCAUCCGAAACACUCUGAUCAAAUGGUUCAUUGAUUGCAUCACUGCUGGGGCAAUCAUGAAUACUGUUGCGUUCUUGGUCAUCAUGGGAGUGUUGAAGGGUCAACCAAUGGCUCAGAUAUCUUCUAAUAUUAAAGCCGAAACAAUACCUAUUAUUAUAGCAGGAUACAAGAUUUGGCCAAUCGCAUCGAUUGUCAGUUUCAGCUUCGUCCCUGUUCACCGCCGCAUCGUGUUUCUGAGUUUCAUUGGCCUUCUGUGGGGAAUUUAAUUGAGUCUGGUCGCGGCGAGGGUUUAGUUUAGUCUCUCUAUUUCACUCAAAGAAAGUUUAUGAGACAUUGGCAGCAUGGGAUUUGUAUAAACAAGCACUCCAUAUAUAGAGUAUUCACAUUUAUGUAUAUGCCUUCACAAGGCGUAUAAAGCUAUGUACACCGAAAAGUAGCCGUUUCUGCAAGACAGAUGGCUUAUUCAC